AAGCGAAUUGUGACCAAGCUGGGAAAGAUUAGAAGCGAUUUGGAAUAUGCGACUAUUGUCCAAUUUACGCAUUUUGGUGAGUGUGUGAAUCAGUGGCGGCUGAGCAAAUGACACGAAACACACAAAAACAGAAACACACAUAAAAAUAUCUCUUUUUUCGGUGGAAAAAAAAUGAGCGUAAGCGAUGCUAACUUGCCUGGUUCUUAACUUUUCUUUAGUAUAAAAGUGACGAAAGUUUGAAGAUACGAAUAAGUUUGAAGCUGAGCUUUGUCGAGUGUGAACGAGUGUUGUGAGAUUUGCGAAGAACAAAAAAUGUACAAAUUUAUAUGCGUAUUGGCCUUUGUCGGUGCCGCCUAUGCUGCCAGCAUCGGUGCUGGCGUGGAAUCGACCACUGAAAAGCGCGAAAUCAUUCCCCUGCUGCGCUAUGAGACUGAUAGAAAACCCGAUGGCUCCUUUAGCUUCUCCUACGAGGGUGGCGAUCAGAGUGCACGCGAUGAGGCUGGCGUAGUGGAGAAUGUCGGUACUGAGGAGGAAACGCUGGAAGUUCAUGGCUCCUACCGUUACAUUGAUGCCGAUGGCCAAGAGAUCGAGGUGCAUUACACCGCCGGCAAGAAUGGCUUUGUGCCAAUUGGCACCAAUAUUCCCGCUGAGAUCUCAGAGGCCGCUAAAGCUGCGGCUGAUCAGCCCAAUGAACCUGUGGAAACGGAGAAAGUGAAGCGUGCCGCGCCUUCGAACAAGGAAGGCAAGGAGGAGGAAGGGGGAGAGAAGGAGAAAGAAAGCAAAGGUGGUAAGCAAGAAAAUGAGGAGAAGGAAGUCAAGGAAGAGAAAGAAGUAACGGAGCAAAAGGAAGGCAAUGAAGAGAAAGGAGGACAGAAACAAAAAGAAGGCAAGGAGGAGAAAGAAAGGCAGGAAGAGGAAGUAGUGAAAGGAAAGAACGAGGAACAGGAAGAACCAAAAGAAACCGUAAAAGUGGAGAGAGUAGAAAAACCAGAGGAAGAAGAGAAAGCGGGUAAGGCCGAAGAAGGUAAAAAAGGCGAAGAAAAGGAAGUAGAGAAACAAGACGAAGAGAAAUCGGUUAAGUCUGAGAAGUCCGAAAAAUCUGAAAAGCCUGAAAAGUCGGAAAAAUCCGAGAAAUCUGAGAAGUCCGAAAAAUCCGAAAAAGAAGAAUAGUAUGUUUUCUUGGAAAUACAACUAAACCUCAAAAAUGACUGCAAAAGGACGCCAUGUUUAUGACAUACCUAAACAAAAGAAGAAAAAAAUCGAACAAAACAAAAGUUUGAGUUGUAUAGAGAAAAAUUUGAUCUACUUGCUGACUCAACUAAGUGUAUAGUAUUAGUAAAAAUUUAGUUUAUGUAAGUGCGUCUGGCACAUUUCAAACUGGUUGUUUUAAUUAAUUAAGUAUCUAGUUUUAAUGUGAAAUUUAUUUCUAUAAACAAAAAAAUAAAAUAACAAAAAAACAAAUUAGUCAAUUAUCUCUCAUUUGUAUGCCAGAUUACAACCUGUUGUAAUAAUUUAUAAAUGUCGAAAAAAUAUUAAAAACUCAUUUAUUUGCUAACACAAUGCGCAGUGGCAAAGAACGCUCUUAUUUAAUUAAAA